GGGAUUGCUGAGUCAUAACAUGACGUCCCGCAACGACACAGUCACGUGUUCUCAAUACAGGCAAAGUGUCUGUGCGGGAGGAAAGGACUGACAUAUAACUCGCGCACUCCGAUCAAAUAUCACCUGCUCGCAACUCGAGACCGCUUUAUUCCCUUCUAACGCGAGGUGUCGUGAACCCGUCCGCGAGAACCGCUUGGAAGCACAGAGCGAAUACUUCCGUGUUUAAAAAAAGAAUCAUUUAAGGCCUAGCGUGCGCGCUCGCGAGCAUUAUAUUAUCGUUUAUAUCAAGUGUGAGACACGUGUCGCGCGGUGGACGAGAAGCUGAAGUUGAAGUCCAUAACAAUAAGCGAGGGUUCGUAGGAUUGUGAUAUGGGCUUACUGUCACAAGGGUCACCGCUCAACUGGGAAGAGACCAAGAAACAUGCUGACCACGUUAGAAAGCACGGCAUCCUUCAGUUCCUCAACAUCUACAAUAAGGUCAAAGAUCGGCAGAAGGAUGUGCUGAAAUGGGGAGACGAGGUGGAGUACAUGUUGGUGGAAAUGGAUGAAAGACAUGAAAAAGUCCGUCUGGUUCUGAACGGGAAGGAUGUUCUGGAAACCCUUCAGGAAAAGGGUGAAAAGAUCAACCCCAACCACCCUACUCUGUGGAGGCCGGAGUACGGCAGCUACAUGAUCGAAGGAACGCCGGGACAGCCGUACGGAGGGACGAUGUCGGAGUUCAACACGGUAGAAGACAAUAUGGGAAAGCGGAGGAGAGAGGCCUCAUCUGUGCUCAGCCAGAACCAAACUCUCCUCACAGUUACGUCAUUCCCCAGGUUAGGCUGCCCAGGCUUCACGCUGCCAGAAUACAAACCCACACCUGUCGAGAAAGGGGUGUCCAAAUCGCUUUUCUUCCCUGAUGAGGCCAUCAACAGACACCCUAGAUUCAGCACUCUGACCAGAAACAUACGCCACCGGAGGGGCGAAAAGGUGGUGAUUAACGUACCAAUUUUUAAAGAUAAAAACACCCCAUCUCCGUUUGUGGAGCCGUUUCCAGAAGAUGAUGGAGAAGCUGCCCGGGGUGCCCUGCCUGAUCACAUCUACAUGGACGCCAUGGGCUUUGGCAUGGGAAACUGUUGCCUGCAGGUGACCUUCCAAGCUUGCAGCAUCAGAGAGGCGCGCUACCUUUAUGACCAACUGGCUGUUUUCUGUCCCAUAGUGAUGGCUCUCAGUGCUGCCUCACCGUUCUAUCGCGGAUUCGUGUCAGACAUCGACUGCCGUUGGGGAGUGAUCUCUGCGUCUGUGGAUGACCGGACCAGAGAGGAGAGGGGCCUGGAGCCGCUGAAAAACAACAAAUUCAGGAUCAACAAAUCGAGGUAUGAUUCGAUUGACAGCUACCUCUCCUGCUGUGGUGAGAAAUACAAUGACAUUGAGCUGACCAUCGAUGAAGAGAUCAACAAACAGCUCCUCGAUGCAGGCAUUGACAAACUGCUGGCACAGCACAUCGCACAUCUCUUCAUCCGCGACCCGCUGUCGCUCUUCCAGGAGAAGAUUCAUUUGGAUGAUGAGAACGAAUCGGACCACUUCGAGAAUCUUCAGUCAACCAACUGGCAGACAAUGAGGUUCAAGCCUCCCCCUCCAAACUCUGACAUCGGAUGGAGAGUGGAGUUCCGUCCCAUGGAGGUCCAACUGACAGAUUUUGAGAACUCUGCUUAUGUCGUAUUUAUCGUUCUUCUCACCCGUGUGAUCUUGUCCUAUAAGCUGGAUUUCCUCAUUCCAUUAUCAAAGGUUGAUGAAAAUAUGAAAGUUGCUCAGAAGCGAAAUGCCGUGCAAGAAGGCAUGUUUUAUUUCCGGAAGGACGUUUUUAAAGGCUGCAACCCAGUGUUGGACCCGCCCUCCACGGCUCAGAAUGGAGUGGAGAGUGAAGUGAGUGACGGUGAAGAGUUCACACUCAUGAGCAUCGACACCAUCAUCAACGGGAAGGAAGGGGUAUUUCAUGGGCUGAUACCGAUGUUGAACAGCUACCUUGAGAACAUGGAGGUGGACGUCGACACGCGAUGCACUAUCCUCAACUACCUGAAACUCAUUAAGAAGCGCGCUUCUGGUGAGCUGAUGACUAUGGCAAAGUGGAUGAGGGAGUUUGUUGCCAAACAUCCUCAGUACAAGCAGGACAGCGUCAUUACAGACAAAAUCAACUACGACCUGCUUCAAGAGUGCGACAGAAUCGCCAAGGGUGAAGAAAAAUGUCCCGAACUGAUCGGAGAGCCGGUUAACAGAGGAAAAUAAAGCCUGCUCGAAACAAACGCAAAUCAUCUAUAUAUAUAAAAAAGCUCCUUUGCAUGAGAGCGGAAGACCAAGUAUGCGACACAGCAGUCCAGAAAAAAAAAAAAAAAACUUGUAAGAGAAUAUUUAAAUAGCAUGUGUUGAUUGCUGAGGUCAGCCAAAGGUUUGUUGAAUUUGUAAAUAGCAGAUUUUUAUUAUUCGCAAAUUAUUUUAAUAGCUUAAACAGAUCCAUGAUGCAAUUGUACCCGAAUGUGUACAUAUUUCACGCCGGUCUGAGUAUGUGAGAGUUUAUGUAAAUGUAGCAAACACUAAAUUGUACAUUAGUAAUAUUUUCAUUGUUGAAAUGUAAAUACUGUACUUCAUCAGGCAUUAACAAGUGUACCACCUUUUUUAUGGAUGAAACUGUUGAUUCUUCUUCUUUUGGCAUUUAAUAUUGUACCCAGGUUGAAUUGAAGACGCUGAAACCAUUCUUGAUGCAAGUCUGUGUGACUAAACUUAUGUAGGAAUUUAAAUGUGGGGUAAAAAAGGAGAAGAUCAUAGUAGUGUGCAGUGCAUUGUGUUUUUCACUAACAAAUUAUUCUGAGUCAUUGUAUUGUUUCAAAGACAGCUACAUUUUUACCAUCUUGGUUAAGGUUAUUGCAGUUGUGUUAAGCUUUCUCCACCACUAGAGGGUGCAGAGGGUCUUUUUAAAACAAUGGAAAAAAUUAGAUUAUUAUGAACAACUAGAUUAUGCUGUAGUUUGUUAGCUUUAAUAUAUGUAUAUGGCUUGAAAUAAAGUGAUUCAUGUACAUAUUUCA